AUGUACUCCUUGUGCUUUGUCCUUAAGGCACCGCUGCAUGUAUCUGUCAUCACGAGUUAGCUGAGUGGAUCUCUAAAUUACUGAACAAAAUAUUAUAAAUUCUAUGGCACAUUUAUAUACAUGAUCAUUUCUUCUAUUUUAACUAAGAGGCUAAAGAACAAACGCCUGCGAUCAUGCCUCCCACACGAAAUUUGAAAGAUUACAAAUUAGAAUGUUACAAAUUUGAAAGAGGCCUAAACCACCCACCGAAAUGCCCACUUUGUGAUCAGGUUGGAGAAACAAUUGAUCACCUGUUGGUCUCUUUGUGUUUUCACCCGACAGUUUUGGUUCAGUAUCCUGCAGAAUUUUGGUCUACAAGCUAUUGCGCCACAGUUAGAUGAUCACUGUUUUAUUGAAUGGUGGGCCAGAGCAAGUAGUAGGUUCUCUGGUCAGUAUGAAUAAGAUCAUUGACAAGUACAGUACACAUUCUAAGAAUCUGGGCAAAUCACAUGAGAAGCCUUCUAUCGAUUUGAAUGUAGAGCAGAGCAAGUAUAGCGGUUUGAAUGAACAACUCGCUGAAGCAAGUCAUGGACUUAGACAGAUGAGAGGUGAGGAGCUCGAGGGUUUGAGUGUAGAGGAAUUGCACCAAAUGGAAAGGAAACUUGAAGCAGGACUGCAUAGAGUUCUUAGUACAAAGGACCAGCUAUUCAUGCAACAAAUCAGCGAAUUACAGCAAAAGGGCGCACAGCUUGAAGAUGACAACAGGCUUCUGAAAAAACAGGUGCCUCAGGUGAUUACAGCUGGCGCGGCAGUGGUUGCUGCUGAUACAGAAGAUGUCCUCACCGAAGACGGACAGUCAUCUGAAUCUGUGAUGACUGCAUUGUAUUCAGGAAGCUCGCAUGACAAUGAUGAUGGUUCUGAUAUAUCCUUGAAACUAUCGUUGCCGUAAAAGCAAGGACCACCAUGAUCUGCAUGUGAGUGGUACUAAGAAGUGUUAGACUGGAAGAGUCACAAACUCGAGACCGGGUUAACAACAGCUGCUAUCUGCAGCUUAAAAGUUGCAGUCCUAAAUUUGUAAUGUUGUAUACGUUAUCUCCAUUUUAAAAAUCUGUGUAUUAUUUGUUGCUUGCGCUACACUAUUUUCAUGUCAUUGUACUUGUUGACUUUUUAUAUGAAACCUAUGCUCUGGAGCUUACAAAAAGUGGGUUUGAUUAAAGCCCGUUCUUGUAUAAAAAGAAUGCUUUCACCAGA